AUGGAGACAUAUUCUCAACUAAAUCGUGCUCAGCUCAGUUAUGACUAUCUCCAUACCAACUCAACGACACAUGAAUUCCUUUUCGGUGCUAUUGCGGAACUUAUUGAUAAUGCACGUGAUGCUGGAGCAACAGAGUUGGACAUAUUCACAAUUAAAGACAGCUCUGUGCGUGGUAACUUUCUUCUCUGCUUUGCAGACAACGGCUGCGGUAUGACACCAGAUGAUGUGAAAAAUGUCAUAAUUUUCGGGAAGUCUUUAAAGAAGUGUGAGGAUACUGCCGCUAUUGGUAUGUAUGGAAACGGCUUGAAAUCUGGUUCUAUGCGCAUUGGAAACGACUUAGUUUUGUUUACUAAAAAGGAUGGUAUUUACACCUGUCUAUUCUUAUCAAGGACUUUUCAUGAAGAAGAAAAACUUGAUGAGGUAGUUGUCCCAAUGCCCUCUUUUAGAGGUCCUGAGAAGACCCCUAUCGCAGAGACUCCCGAGGAUAAGAAAAAGCAUGACCUCGAAAUGCAUUUAAUCCUGAAGUACUCACCAUUCCGCUGCCUAAAGGAUUUCUAUGCACAGUUCGAUAAACUUAAAGACAGUUCAGGAACCGUUGUGAUUAUAUAUAACAUGAAACUUCUUGAUCAUGGAGGACCUGAGUUGGAUGUCACUACGAACCCACGUGACAUUCUACUUAGUCCGGGACCAGAACAAGAAGAAACCGUUGAGCCUGAUGCUGAGGUUAUGCUUCCACCAGAAAGACGUAGUCUUCGAGCUUAUGUGUCAAUUUUAUAUUCUGAUCCACGUAUGAAAGUAUAUUUACAAGGACGAAAAGUCCAAACUAAACGACUGCUAGCAACAUUGCAUAGUACUAGAAAGUAUAAUUUUGCAAGCAAAACCUUUCGUACUAGAGCUGAAGCAGAUUUAGCAAAAGCUAAGAAUGAUGUGAGAAUAGCUGAACUUAGAGCUCAGGAGGCGGAAAGCAAAGCGAGGGAUUGUGAACUUCGUUACCAAGGUUCUGAGGAUCCCGAACAUUUGCGUCAAAUACGUCGUCUUCGAAACACCGCUGCCGACCUACGCGGGGCUGUAGCGAUGCGACAGAAUGUUGUCACGCGCAAACUAAAAUCAAUCAAGGAUCCGAAAACACUGACAUUUUAUUUUGGUGUAAAUGUUAUGAACCGCGCUUGUGACGGUAUGUUUGUUUAUAAUUGUUCCCGUCUAAUCAAAAUGUACCAACGUAUUGGACCACAACAAGAUUCAAGUAUGAUGUGCCGUGGUGUAGUUGGGAUUGUCGAUGUACCCUAUAUGGUUCUUGAACCUACACAUAACAAGCAAGAUUUUGCUGAUGCUAAAGAAUAUCGUCAACUUAUGCGUGCAAUGGCGGAUCAUUUAAUGCAAUAUUGGGAUGAUCUUGGGAUUGAUAAAGAACCAGACAGUUUAAUACGAUUCUGGAAAAGUUUUGGCUAUCUAUCAGCACGCUGGAGAGACCCACCUAGUGUAGAGGAAAAAUAUGCUCGUCGUCGAUGUUGUUCUGUCUCCAUUUGUGUUCAGUGUGAUAAAUGCUUAAAAUGGAGAAUACUUCCAUUCUCACAGAGCCUUGUCGGACGCGAUGUUCCAGAUAAUUGGCAAUGUCGUGAUAAUCCAGAUCAUAAACAUAAAAGAUGUGAGGAUCCUGAAGAAGAUAUGAGCCCACCAAUGGGAGUCUUAAAGAGGAAAAUUAAAACUAAGGAACAAAGACAGGCAGAACUCGAAAAACAAAUCCGUAAAAAACAGGAAGAACUUGAACUUAUUCAAGAUCCUGAUGAUGAAAAAGCUGACGAUUCCAGUGCUACUACUCGUAGUGGUCGCCUAAGUGGCUCUGGGAGUUCAGCUCUCUCAAAAUCUCCUCGUAAACGCCCACAUCCACCUCCAGCUAUCUCGGAUCUCCCCAACAAACGGUCUACUCAAUCCUCUUCCAUUUCUCGAGCAAUGACUGUUGCAGAUAAAAAACGUCAAGCUGGAUUGUCGUCAUCAAAUGGCCCUGUAUCGUUAUCGUCCCAAAAACGUACUGGUUUACCACUACCUACAAGUAACCAAAGACAACCACGCCCCAGUGGUCUAGUCCCUAAAGCUCAACAACGGAAUUCAACUACCCCUAAAGGUCGUAAAGUCACAACAGCAGAAAGUGAAAGCAGUGAAGAAGAAGAGACAAGUGAUGAUGGUGAGGAAGAAGAAGAAGAAGAAGAAAAAGAAAUCUCUAAAUCUAUUUCUCGUAACAAACAAACUACAUCCUCCCUUCCAAAAACUAAAAUCAAUACUUCACAAACCCCUGAAAAAAGUCUUCAGAAGACAACUGAUGAAUUAAAUGGCAAACGAUCAACUAAUAAAGAUAAAAGUCCCGCACACGAUUCAGUCACAAUGCACCAUCGUAAUCGGACUUCAAUAGAUCCAAACAACGGUGAUGCUACAUCUAUAGUAAAUAAGGAUCAAAAUAAAAACAAUGAUUCUAUAGGAAAUAAAUCAAAAGAAUUGAAUUCAACAGUUAACUCUUUAUCAUCCGAAGCUAAUACUGCAAUUAAUAAGAAGAUUCAGGAGAAAUUCAAGGUUUGUCUACGGUAUUUCCUACCCCCUGAAUGGCCAAUGGAAAAAGAUCAAAUUCAUACCCUUACAGAUUCUGAUCUUGCUAGUUUUCCUUUAGAAGACUUCUUCGAUCGCUAUGAACAAGGUCUCCGAUCUCUCUUGGCCACUUUCCAACAAGAAACCAAAAUAUGCUCUGAUCGAUUAACUGAGUUACGUUUCAACGUUUGUGAACUAUUGAAAAAAUAUGAUCCUAGCUUCACUGAACCACUGAGCGACGGUGAAGAAGUUGACAAUUAUAUCAGAAAUUUCCUUAAUAAAGAUUAA